ACAGAUACCUGGACAAGUCAUCAUCCUGAACUGAAUGUCAAAGUACAUUUCCCUCUGAAAGACAUCCUGACACCAUCUGCUGGUGAAUAAAUGACAUAGCAGCAUUUCCUUCUGUUGAUAAUUCACCCUGUGACAGAGGUGAGAGAAUAAAGUAGAUUUGGAGAUUGUUGAACAGAGCUGAAACGCUUUUACAAGGGGUGUUGUAUGUCUACUGUUUGGAGUAUAUUAGGGAGAGAAGUAGAGAGACUGUAAGUGAGUCCUGAACUUUAGAAAUAACUUGAACAAAUGGCUGAGAAAACCGCUCUUGUUGAAAGUUUCCUGAGCUGCCAUGUGUGUUCAGAGACUUUCAGAGAUCCUGUGUCUCUGAGCUGCAACCACAGCUUCUGUUCAAGCUGCCUGCAGGAAUUCUGGGGAAAAAGUAAGAACAAAAACUGUCCCAUUUGUAAAAGAAAGUCUACCGAAAAACAUCCUUUAGUGAACUUUGCUCUGAAGGAGCUGGCUGACUCCUUUGCUGAGAGACAGAAAGCUAGAUCAUCUGAGACAGAAAAAGGAGAGAAGAAGGUGGAGGUGGUGUGUAGUAAACAUCAAGAAGAGCCUAGAUUGUUCUGUAAGGAUGAAGAUAGAGCUGUGUGUCCUGUCUGUGAGUUUUCUCUCCACCAGAGUCACAAGGUGGUUCCUGUAGAACAAGCAAUCAGUGAGCUGAAGGACCUGCUGAAAUCUGACUUAGAGUCUCUGCAGAACAAGAGGGACAAAUACAAACGAGUGGAGACAACAUACAAUGAAGUGAUUCAACUGUCCAAGAAGCAGCUGCUGUCCACAGAGAGGAAGAUCAGAGCAGAGUUCAACCAGCUCCAUCAGUUCCUGAAAGAGGAAGAGGAGUCCAGACUGGCAGCUCUGAGGGAGGAAGAGGAGCAGAAGGGGAAGACUAUCAGCAGAGAGAUGAAGAGCAUUCAGGAGCACAUCUCCUCUCUGUCACACAGUAUCUCUGCUGUUGAAGAAGAGCUGCAGAAACACAACGUGCCCUUCCUCCGCAGUUAUAAAGCCACUCAGAGCAGAGCCAGAGUCCAGAGAUCACUGUCAGACCCACAGCUGCUCUCAGGAGCGCUGACAGAUGUGGCCAAACACCUGGGCAACCUGUCCUUCAGAGUCUGGGAGAAGAUGAAGGACAAGGUCCACUUCAGUCCUGUCAUUCUGGACCCAAACACUCCAAACGGUUGGCUCUCUCUGUCUGAUGAUCUGACCAGUGUGAGAAAUGGAGACAAAUGUCAGCAGCUUCCUGAUAAUCCAGAGAGAUGCACUAACAGUGCUACUUUACUGGGCUCUCAGGGCUUCAGCUCAGGGAAACACAGCUGGGAGGUGGAUGUUGGAGAUCAUGCUAUCUGGAAUAUAGGUUUGGCUAAAGAGUUAGCUGACAGGAAGGGAAAGGUAUUUGCCACACCAAAAUAUGGAAUCUGGUGUUUAUUGCAUCGCGUUGGAAAAUACACUAAUGUUGAUGGUGAGACUGUCAGAGUGAAGAAGAAUCUCCUGAGGAUCAGAGUCCAGCUGGACUUUGACAGGGGGGAGGUGUCCUUCUAUGACCCUGGAGACAUGACUCUCAUCUGCACUCACAGAGACACUUUCACUGAGAAACUCUUCCCAUAUUUUUGUAUUGGAUCAGAUGGUGAUGCUAAAACUGCUGAUAUCAAAAUCUGUCAGACUGAGAUUCCUCUGUGAUGUUCAGGAGUGUUGGUUCAGACUUUAUUCUGACUUGUCUGUCUACAUUUCUUUGGGAAAAUCUAGAUAAAAAACAGCAGAUGAUCAUCAUAUAAUAUUUUUAGUCUGAUGUUUGAUUAUAUUUUUGUGAAUUCUUGUCUUUUAACAAAUUUAUUAAUUUUUAAAUUUGUGCUAAAACUUCAUGAAAUCAACAAAACUAGAUGUUAUCAACAUCUAGUUUCUAGUCAAACAUCAGUUUUCGUCUUGAGUUCAACCUUUUGAUAUUUUUGGGUCUUUUGAUGAAUUAUUUUUAGAUAUGUAUAUGUUGUUUUACUGCAGGGAGAAAGUGAUUUAAUGCAUCUAUUUCAAUUCAUUCUUUCAUCGUUAGUGUUUCUUCGUUAGCCUAUAUGACAUUUUCCGGACUGUAUACAUGCACAAUAACAUUUAUGGGAAUUUAAAAUGUCAAUUUCCUUAUUAACCUAGAGGUAAUCACAGCAGUACAAUUAAGUUUAGUAUUUUAAAUGCUGCUUCAGAAAACUAUGAUGAAAUGAGCAGCAGUUUUAUUCAAAAAACAAGUUUGAUUUGUAUUUCUUCACGUACAUCUGUCAAAUAGCCAUGUGACAAAUUACAGAGAAUGAUGAAAGACAAUUACAACAAACAAAAAUAUAAAUAAAUAUCUGAACUUCUAAUGAUUCAAUCUU